AUGUCGUUGGCCAGGGAGAAAUAUCUGAAAAGGAAAAGAGAACUGCUUGGGAACAUAAACAUAAUUGACAGUAACUUAGGAGAAAAGAAGGAACCGAAUUUGGAGGAAAGAAAAAGAGAAGGAAAAAAUGAAGAGAAUUCCUAUGAUCGUAAAAAUGAGCAAACGUUAAGGAGAGAUAGAGAGCACCGCGUGGAGGAUGAGUGGGGGAACAAGGGAAGAAGGGACCCCCCCGGGGGAAGCAGCUCUGGCAGCUAUAACCAGAUAAGUCAUAGGAAAAACGAUCGGAGGUACCCGGAUGAUCGGGGGCACCACGUCGACCGUUCACACUAUGACGAACCUACGUGGCAGGGGAGGAAAGAACCCCUGUUGGACGCAAAACAAAGCAAACCAAUUCUCACGAGGAAUAAGGAUAACCCCGUCUUCAGCAGAAGCAACACGCCAGAUGGUGCGAAGCAGUGGAGCAUCCGCCCUGGGAAACUAGGGAGAGAUUCCUCUAAUGUGAGUCAAAGCGCACAUAGCGUUCGCUCGUUUAAUGAAAACACGUCUAACAAGGAUGUAGAACCUACCAAGCAGAGGGACAAAAAGGGACCCACCCCAGGGAGUAGCACCUCUUACGAAUUACUAACCAAUUUAACUAACAUAGAAAUAAACGACAGCGCAAGUUUGCUAAUAUACACCUGCAAGUUAUUGCUACAAAUGUGUGGGAAGGAAAAUGAAAAUAAAGGUAAGAUGAAUAUGUCCCUAUCUUCGGUGGAAAUAUUGAGAGAAAUAAAAAACAGAAAUAGGAAAAAUGUAAAGUUACUGAAAAUAAAUAUUCUAAAUGAAGUACUCACGUAUAUGUCUCUUAGCAGCAGAGGGGGGGGGAACCAAAUUGGUACGAAUUCAACUGACCCCAGUUUGGAAAAACAUAAAGAAAUAAACAUAGAGGAGGCCUGCAUUGAUAUAGAAAAUGUGGGAAUAAGCAUCAUAAUAAAAGUUAUCUACAUAAAGAAUGUGAAGAAUUUACUCACCAAGUGUUUGUUCCAACAGGGUAAGGGUGGUUCCCGAGGGGGAGGUGGAUCAUGUGUAGGAAUAGGCACAAAGAGGAGUGACAGGGGAUGUAUUGACGAUAAAAAGGGCGGGCGUAUGCAAAUCCCGUAUGAGUAUCGAACCAUCGGGGGGUCAGACGGAAGCGGGAGUAACACGUACAAUUCGCUUCUGCAAGAAAAUGAAAAAAAAAAACAAAAACAAAUUCAUGGCCAAAACUAUGCCAUGGAGUAUGAAGGAAAAUAUGCAGAUCAUACCCAAGGCGGAAACAAAUACAAUCAGAGUGAAGAUGCCACACAUGUUAGCAACACUAGUGGGGGCAACAAAAUAAGUUAUCUAGAAAAUUUACUAAACGAACCAACAGCGAAGGAAAAGAAAAUAAAACAGGAAAAGACCAACAUUCUGUCCAUAAUCGAAGCACCAACGGUGAUAGAAGAAAUGCGAAUAAAAAAGUUUCAAAAAAAAGACGACUCUGUAAAAAUUAUAUGUCCACAUUUAACCAAAAAGGCAUGCCAAAAGAAUAACAAAGAUUGCAACAAGGAAUGCAACAAAGUUCAUUUUAAAAAAAUUAUAUCCGAGCAUACAGACGUGUCAUUGGGAGACUGUUCCUAUUUGGACACCUGCAGGCACAUCGAGACGUGCAAAUUUGUUCACUACGCGGUGGAUAAAGAUGAUCAGGUAGUAGGUAGCCACCAAGAAUGUGUGACUGAGAAGAAAGUCGACAUAUUUAGCAUGUCGGAUAAUACGUAUGGACCUCAGUGGAUACGAUGCGAUUUAAGAAACUUCGACUUGAGUAUAUUUAACCAGUACGUUAGUGUUGUCAUGGCAGACCCUCCGUGGGAUAUCCAUAUGGAUUUACCCUACGGGACGAUGACGGAUAAUGAAAUGAAGCUGUUACCUGUACAGCUAAUACAAGAUGAAGGUAUGAUCUUUUUGUGGGUCACUGGUAGGGCAAUGGAACUAGCAAGGGAGUGCCUACAAAUAUGGGGUUACAAAAGGGUGGAAGAAAUUUUAUGGGUUAAAACGAAUCAUUUGCAAAGAAUUAUAAGAACUGGUAGGACUGGCCACUGGUUGAAUCAUUCCAAGGAGCAUUGCCUAGUGGGCAUUAAGGGAAACCCCGUUGUGAAUAGAAAUAUUGACUGCAAUGUGAUCGUGUCGGAAGUGAGAGAAACUUCUCGUAAACCCGACGAAAUUUACUCCCUUAUAGAGAGAAUGUGUCCACAGAAUUUAAAAAUCGAACUUUUCGGGCGGCCCCACAAUAUUAGGAGGAACUGGAUCACCCUGGGGAACCAGCUGAACGGCGUGGUUUUGCACCACCCCCAGAUUAAGGAGAGGUAUAACAAGGUAGCCGCCCAGUUCAACAUGCCGCUCUGCGGGGAGUAG